AUUUCGCAAGCGGCUUGCAAAAAAAAAAAAACUAAAAAAGUACAGUGUUAGCAGAAAAUAUAUUAAAUAAAAAAUAAAAAAAAUCAAAUCUAACAAGCACACAUGUCGAGCACAACCAUGUCUACCUUCAGUUUCGCAAGUAUGGUAGCGGAGCUUAACGAGGAGCAAGGCAUUUCGUUCCAAGACAAAGCCGAAACCUGGGACAAUGCCGCGGAUGUCAAAGCUGUUGUUGAGGCUCUCAACAGCAAGCCUACAGUGCAUUUUCUCAAUCUUGAUGGCAAUACGCUGGGCGUGGAGGCAGCACAGGCCAUUAGCGAGGCACUGAAAACACAUCCAGAAUUUCGAAAAGCAUUGUGGAAGAAUCUAUUUACGCGACGUCUCAAGUCGGAAAUUCCUCUGGCACUGAAGCAUCUUGGUGCUGGUUUGAUUGCAGCUGGCGCCAAGUUGACGGUGCUCGACCUCAGCGAUAAUGCGCUGGGGCCCAAUGGCAUGACUGGCCUGGAGGAGUUUUUGCGCUCACCCGUCUGCUACUCGCUGCAGGAGCUGUAUCUGAACAACUGCGGGCUUGGACCGGAGGGCGGACGUAUGCUGUCCGUGGCACUGAUCGAUCUACACAAGAAUGCCAAGGCGGCGGGCACACCGCUGCAGUUGCGUAUCUUUGUCGCCGGCCGCAAUCGCUUAGAAAAUGCUGGCGCCAAGGCAAUAUCGAGGACAUUCAAAGUACUGCAAACCCUUGAGGAGAUUACCAUGCCGCAGAAUUCCAUUUAUCACGUGGGCGUCGCCGAUCUCGCCAGCAGCUUCAAAAAGAAUCCACACUUGCGCGUCCUCAACAUGAAUGACAAUACGCUCAACGUCCGGGGUGCCGCCAAAAUAGCCGAAGUUUUCGAGCAUACGCCGCUUUUGCGGGAAAUUAAUUUUGGCGACUGUUUGCUGAAGACUGAUGGCGCCUAUCAUUUUGCCGAGGCUUUGGAGCAGAACCAUGAGCAUCUGGAGGUAUUGGAUUUGGGCUUUAAUGAGAUCAACUACGAUGGCGGCCUUGUGCUGGUGACAGCAGUGCAAAAUAAGCCCAAGCUAAGGAUAUUCAAUUUGGAUGGCAAUUGCUUUGGCCAAGCUGGGAGCGCACAAAUCGUUGCCGAAAUGGCCAAAGGCAAGAAUCCCGCCGCAUUGCAGUCUAUGGACGAGGUCGUAUCUGAGGAGGAGGGUGAGGAUAGCGGUUCCAAAAAUGAUGGCGAUGACAAUGAGACGCCCGAGAAUAGCGAGGACGAGUAUAACGAUUACUUGGAGGAAGAGGACCAAGAGGAUGAUGGUGAAUACGAUCCAAAUGACACCACCGAAGAGGUGGACGAAGAUGAUGAAGAGGACUAUGCCAACGAAAAUCUCGCCGAGGAGACCGCCUACGUGACCAGCAAUGCCUUUUCCACCAAGCUUUUUAACGACACCAUCAACUCUAACAAGACCAGCAACACUUCUGACAUUAAUAAAAAUGGCAACAAGACGGUAAUCAACGUCAGCUGCACCCCGGCGGAGUUUUGUCUGAGCCAAACGCCGUGCACGCUGCAGCAAUUUGAUUCCCUAGAAGCGACAAACAAGCUGCAGGCGCUGCAGAACAUAAUUAAUCAAUUUAGCGAUGACAACCACUUGCUGCUGCUCAUCUUUACGACGCUCAAGUGUGCGCAUCUUUCCCAGACAUCCCAGGCGGCUCUGGAGCUGGCCGUUUCACUCUACCAGGCGACCUUUGACUAUGCCAUCAAAACGGAGCAGGAGUCGCGCGUGCUGGACUACUAUCUCAAGCAGCUGGGCCUGUUGCGCAGCGAAGAGCACUUCAAGAGCGACUACAAUGUCAAGAACUGUCGCUAUGCUCUCCGUGAGGCAAUCAAAAGGGAAACGUUUGCCAAUGAUAAUAUUAAAAAUACAUUUAAAAUAUUUCUCGAUCAACUCGAUGUUUAGAGUGUGCCAUUAAAAACCAUUAAUAAAGGAUUUAUCGGGUCCGACAAGCACGAAAAGCUACAAGAACUAUAAUAACUAUUUUAAUAAAUAAGUUUAUAUAACAAAUUCCAAAGUAA